AGGCUUAGGUUUCAGUUUGAACUGAUCCGUCUCCGACAACACGUGUGUAUUCCUUUAUGUAAAUUACACUUGAAUAUUUGUAAAUGGUAUAACUGAAAACUUUUCAAUAUGGCAUACCAUAUUUGUGGCGCUACAGUAUCAUUCUUAAAUUUGUUGUAUUCCCUUGGGUACUUUGCAAUCGUGUUCGCAGACAUGGUCACAGGCGAUGUCGACACAAGGCAUUUGUAUUGGCCUUGGCUUGUGGUGUACGCUGUGAAUAUGUGCGUCAACACAUUUAUGUUCAGACGCUAUUACAGAGCCCAACGAGUAGGCAUUUGGUUUUGGUUCUUUAUUAGUUUCAUCGUACUUCUAUUACAUAUCUAUAAGAUUCAAUCCGGUAAAUUGAGUUCAACUAUCAGAACUAUAAACGAAUUCAUUUGUUUUUACAUAUUUAUCACGCUAAUUAUUAUGCUCUGUAUGAUGAGUAUUUUAAAAGAGAAAACAGACGAAACUAUUGAGCCAGCAAAAUCUAGAAGAAAAUCGGGAAGUGGUGCCGGAUCAUCUGUAGAUGAAAUUUGUGAUGCACCUGCCGCCGUAGUAAUGGGACCUCCUUUAUCAAUUACAUUUCAGCAUGUUUCCCCAAGUCCCGCAGGUCACGACGAAGACUGUGGCAACGAUAAUGGAUCUUCAUGUGAUGACUCAGAUGGAGGACACGGAGAUUGCGACGAUGGUGGAGACUGUUGCGGCGAAUGAAAAAGAUAUAUUACAUUUACAUACUUCCGCAUUUCAAUUGAUUCCAUUAUGCCAAUCUUUUUUGCUUGUGUUCUAUGCCACUUGUUGAUGUUUUUUGCCAUUUUUCUCUCUCGCUUACCUAAAUUCUCUCUUUGGAAUAAGCUCUCAAUACUGACAACUAAUUGGCUUGGUUUCGCGCUUUUUACUCAAACAAAAUAUUGUUGUGUCCGCCCACAGAAAAAAAUCAAAUGUGCAUUCAUGAGCAUUCAGUAUUUUAUUACGCUUAAAUUAUAUUGUAACAAAAUUCAGUGUCAGUGGGAAUAUAAUAACAUGUCAAAUAAA